UCCAUCUACGCCUGGUGCCGGCGCGCCGACGACGUCGCCGACGAGGUCGGCGUGAACAAGGGUUUGGCGCUCGCGAGCCUCGACGAGAUCGAGGCCGAUCUGGCGGCGGCGCUCCGCGGGAGCCCGCGGAACGCCAUCGACGCGGCGCUCGCCGCGACCUUCGAGGCCUACCCGGCGCUGUCGACGGCGCCCUUCGAGGCCAUGCUCGAGGGCAUGCGCGGCGACCUGCGGCCGGAGAGUCUACGGUUCGAGCGCUGGGACCCGGACCUGAAAACGUACUGCGAGCGCGUCGCGGGCGGCGUGGGGCUCAUGCUGCUCCCGCUGCUCGGCGCGACACCCGACCCCGUCGUGGAGCGGCGGGCCGUGGACCUGGGCGUCGCCAUCCAGCUGACGAACGUGCUGAGAGAUGUAGGGGCGGACGCGCGCGACUACGACCGGGUCUACCUGCCCCUGGCGGACCUCGCGGCCUGCGGCUGCGACCUGGAGGACGUGCGGAAGGGGCGGCUGACGGCGCCCUACAAGGACGCCGUGCGGCUGCAGAUAUCGCGCGCGCGCGACCUCUACGCGUCCGCGCGCCUCGCGAUCCCGGACCUGCCCAAGGCGUCGCGGCUGCCCGUGGCGGCCAUCGUCGAGCUGCUCGAGAGCAUCGUCGACGAGCUCGAGGCGCGCGACUGCGACUCGCUCUCG